GGAAGCAAUAAUUCCUCCUCUCGCUCCCUGACCGCAAAACGUGUGUCGGGACCGAUGUGUGUAAUCCUCUGCAUGAAUGUUGGUAGGCUACGGACAGUUUUUUGAGUAGAAAUAACGGAAAAUCAUUAAAACAAGACCCGACUUUUACAUUUAACUGUUAAGGUUAAACAACGUUUGUGUAAACUCUAGUACCUGUUGAAGACGAUGGCUCAAACCAUACUUAUACGGACCUUCAUUCUAUUGGUAUUUUUCGCUGUGGAGUCCUCCACAGCUACGAUUAAUACUGUUAAUGGUACUAGGAGUAUUGUCAGGACAUUCGCUGGACAUUUCCUGACCGUUAGGCCUACAGACGAGCCCAUUGACUACCUGGAUGUCCAAGAAGGUAGUGGCUCAGGCAUAGAUCCAGCGCCCAAAAAGACAUCUGGCCACCACCAUGAGGUGAAGAAGCAAUACUACAUAAGUGAAGAGGCCAAGCAGUACCUCACUGGCCCUAUGGUGACAGUCUUCAUUCCCACCAUGUACCUUCUAGUCUUCAUCAUUAGCGUACCUUUAAACCUCCUGGCAGUUGGCAUGUUCCUGCGUCGAGUCACGCCCAAGAAGCCGGCAGUGAUCUACAUGCUUAACCUAGCCUUUGCCGACCUGCUGUUUGUACUGCUCCUGCCCUUCCGCAUCUCCUACCACUACCACGGCAACAACUGGAUUUACGGCUCGGGUUUGUGCCGCGUCGUCACCGCGGCCUUCUACUGCAACAUGUACUGCUCCGUGCUCCUGAUGAUGUGCAUCAGCAUCGACCGCUUCAUGGCGGUGGUCUACCCCAUCGACUCACUGGUGUGGCGCAACCCGCGGACGGCCAGCGUGGUUUGCGGGGCCAUGUGGGUGCUGUCGGUGGGCGGCGUGAUACCGCUUGUCACCUCGGAGCAGACCAUGCACCUGGCGGACAUGGACAUCACCACGUGCCACGACGUGCUGGACAUCCACAAGCUGCGCACCUACUACCUAUAUUUUUUCCCCGUCUUCUCUGCCCUCUUCUUCUUCAUCCCCUUCAUCUUCACCACCGUGUGCUACGUGCGCAUCAUCCAGGCGCUAUGCACCGCCGACGUGGCGAACGGUUUCAAGAGGACGCGCGCCAUCUUCAUGGCCAUCACCGUGCUCACCGUCUUUGUGGCGUGCUUCACGCCGACCAACAUCAUCCUGCUGGCGCACUACGUGCGCUUCACGCACCACCACACGGAGAGCUCGUACGCCGCCUACCUGCUGGCCAUGUGCCUGGGCAGCGUCAGCUGCUGCCUGGACCCGCUGGUCUACUACUUUGGCUCGUCGCAGUGUCAGAAGCAGGUGGCGACGCUACUCCGCUGUGGGAGCGCCUCCAGCCUGGAGAGGGGCUCGCAGACCAGCAGCAGCACCACCCGGACCAGCAGGAUCGAUGCCAUCAAGAGCAACAUGAGCAGCCAGUACAGGAAGCUGAUGGGCUGAGCCUUUUGCCCCAGAGUUGACGCCUGGCGGAGCAUCGAGACUGACAUGGGGGUUGUCUGUGUAUCGGGGACUGAGUCAAGGGAUCUAGUGCCAGGGAUGCUAGUUACCCUGGUCAUAGACUAGUGUUUUCAAUUCAGCUUCAGGGCAUCCAGAGCAUGCCAUGUUUUGGGCUCUGUCUGCUCUAAAACUCCUCAAAUCCAGAUCAGAUCCAGAGUCUGCCAUGAUCUUUGCUAGGUUAGGAGUGAAGAGCAGUGAGAGAUCCAAAUCAUGUAGUAGCAGUGUUUAGAAAUUACGGUGUUGCUGAAGGAGGGCAGGAAUGGGGCAGGAGAUGGCAAUAAUGAUUUGUGAAAUUGUGACCAAUUAUACGCCCUUUAUAUGGCUUUCAGUAGCCAUUCACACUGGCUGGUACAGUGUUUUUUUUUGUUCUUGCCACUUUUGUGUAUUGGUCCCAAAAUUAUUUGGACUCUAAUUUUGUUUGAAAUGGACAAAGACUACUGUAAGUAGUUAUCAACAUUAACCAUCAGGUUUGCUACUUCUACAGUUUACAUUACAUUACGUUACAUUACAUAGCUAGCUUAUAUUUUUCAGUUUCUAUGCCAUAUGUACAGUGUAUCAUACAGUUUAUGUUUUUAGGCUCCUCGCAUGGGCAUGGCAACGGUCUAUUUAGACCAGCCCCUGUCUGAAGGUUACAUUCCAAUUCUGAACUGAAGACAAUGGCCUUCAGCAUUUGUUUUCUUGGGGGAGUGGGGGUUGAAAGCUAUACUGUUUAAUUUGUUAACCAUGUAUAUGUUGAGUCUUUAAGCUACAAAGAUUUUCAACACUUUUGUUCAUGUUUGCUCGGAUGAACUGAAAUGCUAGUAGCCAAUAUAUAUUUUAUUGAGCUAACUGGGUAGGCUGGUCUGCCCACUGUUCAUCAAUGUGCAAUGUGCCAAGUCUUCAGCUAUAUGUAUGAUGCUGAAUAUACCACAGCAUCCAUUUCCUCUUUUACCCAGCUCUUCCUAUUUUAAAGUCCUAACACAUUGCAGUUCAUCCUAAAUAAAGUAUUAAAAACAAUUACCACAAUU